AUGUUGGUUGGGAUCGCAGUAGGACAUGUACGGAUGUAUGAUAGUACACGAAAUGCCUUAAAGAUCAACAAGAAUACGAAGGUCAUCAUUCAAGGAUUCACAGGAAAACAAGGAACGUUUCAUGGAAAGCAGAUGAUAGAGUAUGGAACGAAAGUUGUAGGAGGAGUGAAUGUUAAGAAGGCCGGUGAAACACAUAUGGGUCUGCCUGUUUUCCGAGAUGUUAAAGAAGCUCGGGAAAAGACAGGCGCUGAUGCAUCAGUUAUUUACGUUCCUGCUCCUUUUGCGGCUGCCGCUAUUGACGAAGCUAUGGAUGCCGAAAUUCCACUUGUCGUAUGUAUAACUGAGGGUAUUCCGCAACAGGAUAUGGUUCGAGUGAAGAAUCGCCUUAUGAAACAGAAUAAGACCCGCCUCGUCGGUCCAAACUGUCCAGGAAUUAUUUCUGCAGAAGAAUGUAAAAUAGGAAUUAUGCCAGGUCAUAUCCACAAAAAGGGUAUCAUCGGGAUCGUGUCACGGUCUGGUACGCUCACAUAUGAAGCGGUGCAUCAGACGACGGUGGCUGGCCUCGGUCAAACGCUCUGCGUUGGAAUAGGAGGCGAUCCUUUCAAUGGAACUAACUUCAUAGAUUGUCUCAGCAUUUUCCUGGAAGACCCACAUACUAAAGGAAUAAUUUUGAUUGGAGAGAUUGGCGGUUCUGCAGAGGAAGAAGCCGCAAAGUUCCUGAAGGAGAAUAAUGUUGGUAAAAAAGCAAAGCCCGUGACAGCAUUCAUUGCUGGUUUGACCGCCCCACCCGGACGAAGGAUGGGGCACGCAGGCGCCAUCAUCAGCCAUGGAAAAGGUACUGCGACGGAAAAAAUCAAGGCGUUAAAGGAUGCGAACGUGCACGUAACAGACUCACCCUCAGAACUCGGAACGACCAUCGCUAGGGCUCUUUUAGACGAAGUUGCUCACCUGUAUGAAUAG